AUGCCGCUGUGGGCGUAUCGGGCAUCGCCUAGGAUCUCUACUUGUGUUUCUCCUUAUUCACUCGUAUUUGGUGCAGACGCAAUUUUCCCAACAGAGAUUAAAAUCCCGCCAGCUAGGAUCGCAAAAACAAGUGGAGUUCAAUGGAAAGAGGCUGAAGCAUCCAAUUCCAGAAUUGCAGAGUUGGAUACUGUGGACUCCAAGAGAGCUAAAGAGGAAGAGCAUGCUCAAGCGUACAAAAAUUGGAUCUUCAGAGCAUACGAUAAAUCUGUAAAACCACGAGUUUUUAAAAUGGGAGAUCUGGUAUUAAAGACUGCUAAGCACAUUCAGCAAGACAUGUUCGCACAGAAGUUCUCUCCAAAAUGGGAAGGUCCCUACGUGAUCCCAAGGCUUAUAACAGUGGAUACUACAAGAUCGUCAAGGAGGAUGGAGGAAAAUUGGAAGCAGUCAUUAACGGAAAAUGGCUGA